AUGCGCUAUACACCACCUGGUAAUUACCAGAAUGGAAAGCCAAAGCUCCCUCUCUACGGCAGUCUCCAGGGAAACUGUCUAAACCCUCCCGAGGCUGAGGAGGACACAAGCACCAAAUAUGCCACUCUGUGGGAAAGUGCUUUAGCCCUGAUGGCUGGAGACCUAUUGAACCUGAUGUUUGCCAGGGGCGCGCGGUACCGCACAGCAGCCUGGAUCCUGAACUGCACAGCACUUUGUGAGGUGCGAGCCCAGCCAGGCACUGGGGACGGUGCUGCUGGCGAUGAACCGGAGGCGCAAGGGAAAGACGCCUGCACCACCUUGCUGGCAGAUGAAGAAAAGAUGAAAUAUGCAGAGAUGGCUCGUAAGUGGAAGGAAAAUAAAUCUCCUCAGAAGUCAAUGAGAGAGGUGCCUAAUCUAACUCAGCCAGUUCCUGCCGGUUUGACCACAACGACCCCCAGAAGUACUUCUCUUCCAGAUGCCUCUGCUCUAUGUUGGAAAAAUGACCAGGCUGUGGUUGCAAGCACCAUCUACUUCCUGAACAUUUACAGCCAUGGCGAGCUGCAGGCUCACUGCGAGCAGCGCUUUCUCCCAUGCGAGAUUGGCUGUGUCAAGUACUCCCUAAAGGAAGGCAUCAUGGAUGAUUUCCAUCGCUUCAUAGAUCCUGAAGUUCCGCCACGUGGUUUUCGGUACCACUGCCAGAUGGCAAGUGACAACACUCAUAAGAUUCCUAUAUCUGGGUUUGAGCUGUCACGUGCUUGCUACCCAGUUGUCUUACGUGAACUUCUUGCCUUUGUCCAGUCAGAUGGAGGUGCUUGGCCACGUUUCUACUGCAGGUGUGAUGACAGAUACCGAAUCAACUGGUGCUUCAGACGAAUGGCUAGCAUGUCAGGCUUUGAAAGCCAUCUGGAACUUCUUAAUGUGGAAGACCUGAUAGUGGAACUGUACUGGAAGAAAUAUCAAAAGGAGCCAUCCAAGACUUGGGUGUGUAAAGAACUAGAUGUCUUCCUGUGGGAUUACUCCAGUAAUACCAGGUGCAAGUGGCAUGAAGAGAAUGAUAUACUUUUCUGUGCUCUGGCGUCCUGUAAGAAAAUUGCAUAUUGCAUCAGUAAAUCUUUGGCUAGUGUGUACGGAGUUUCACUGACAGCAGCUCACCUACCUCUCGAAGACUAUGUUUCCCAUGACAGCACAAAUGCCAAGAUAGUAGUGCUGGAUGCUGGACGUUUCCAGAAGACGAAGGGUAGGAGCUCUGGACAUGACAGCAGCUUCAUUUCUCCAAGUCAGGAUCAAGGAUUCGUCCCUUCCGCUUGUGGUUCUUCCUGUGGUGUGAAGACUUCCCCUUAUGGAACAAGUACCACUCGAGGAAGAGGAAUUACUCGAUUGCUGAAAAGUACAUCUCAUCUAACCAACUCUUUUGGUAAUUGAAGGUCCGCUUUCCAUCCAGGAGA